GAAUCCCCAUAAGAACAUUGCAAGUUGUACGGCUAGGUGGUAUAGUUUGGCGUGUACGGGAGCUUUGGAGCGACCUGCCACCUGCGGCUGGCAACACGCACGUGAUGUUGGCUGGCAGGUGCAAUAUUUGCAUCGUCCCGUUUGCAUGCUGCUUCUUUUCCGUAAAGCAUGAGCAUUUUUAACAUGCCGGCAAACAGCGAUAACCAAGCCUGAUGAUGAUCCCGCCUCGAGUACUGCAGGCUGUCGAAGCCAUCCGCAGUCAACACGCAGAACAGUCCUUCCUUUGCGUCAUCGCGCUUUCGGUAUCACUGACGACCUGACGACGCAAAUUCUCUCCACGCAUAGCAAUUGUACAGUACAAUACCCCUACACACUUCAGCGCCUUCGCCUCCCAGCCCCGCCUUCACAGUCCACACCACUUCAGAUCGUACGCACCCAACCAGCCAACAAGCCGCCCCCUGACCACCUCACGGUCGCCAUUCGGACCAGCAGCCACGACCAGCCUUUCGCGCUCUCUAGCGCCCCUCAGCCGCCCCUCAUCCACCUCCUCCUGACCCGCCUGUUCCCCUAGCGGCCCCCAUGCAGCAGCACAACGGCUGGGAGGUGCCGCCGCCGGCUGCCCCCACCCCGCUCCUGCAGCAGCAGGCGACGGAGUCCUCAGGCAUCCAGCCGCCGGGGGACGACACCAGCAGCAGCAGCGCGAUGACGUCAGCAGCGGCAGCAGCAGCAGCAGCGGCGGCGGCAGCAGCAGCGGCAGGGGGGGCGGCGGCAGGGGGAGCGGCGCCGCCGUCGACGGCGCAGCAGCCGCCGCAGCCGGAUCGGUCGCCCUCCCUUCCGCUGGCGUCCCCCCUGCCCUCCACCCCCUCCUUCUCCCGCGUGGGCCGGCUCCUGCAGGAGCACGUCAUGCGCCGCUCCCGCAGCCAGGCAGCAUUCGACCACCUGCACCAGUACGCGCAGCAGCAGCAGCAGCAGCAAGGGAGGUACCAGCCGCCCGCGUCGCCGCUCAGGUCGCAGCCGCAGUCGCCCACACUGGCGCCGCUCCCGGCGGCGGCGGCGGCGGAGCCACUGAGGGGUCCCGGCGGCGGCGGCGAUGACGACGUAACGCUUGCAACGCAGCCAUUCGAGGCCGUAUCUGACGUGGAGGGGCCGGAGGUGGCAACGGGUCAUGACGGAGGCUUCGCCACCGCCGCCAUUGCGACUGCGAGCGGUUUUAGGGGUGCGCCUGUUCAGGCGGCGGCAGCGCCGCCGGCGCCGCCGAAUGUGUCGUCCGCGCACGAGUCGUCGAUCCCAGUGGCGGCGGCCGCCGCGGUGGCUGCCCCUAGAUACGACUCGGCGGCGGUUCCGGAGCCCGCUUAUCGCCCAUCUGGUCCCAUUCGGAGCAAGAGUAGACGCUCAAUGGGUAACGGUAGCGGUGGCGGCGGCGUAGUAACGGCCGCAACGGUAGCUCAACCGCCGCUACCGUCGGCGGUGCCGCCGGCGGUGCCGUCGUCGUAUCGGUUGUUGGUUGUUGCCAACCGACUGCCGGUUACCUGCUCCAAGGACGAGAAGGGCAACUGGCAGUUAAAGGCUAGUGCUGGCGGGCUGGUGUCCGCGCUGCGGGGGGUGGGGCCCCGGGGCGAGGGGGGCACGCUGUGGGUCGGCUGGCCGGGCGUGUGGGUGCCCCCCGGCCCCGACCGCGAGCAGCUCUCCUGCCAGCUGCGGACGCAGGGCUGCUGGCCCGUGUGGCUGGACGGCGGAAUGAUGGACCUGUACUACAACGGCUUCUGCAACUCCGUGUUGUGGCAGCUUUUCCACUACGUGCCGCCCGCCGCGGAGGGGUGGGAGGCGCACAGCUCGCACCACCACCACGCGGCGGGGGCCGGGCAGCAGCAGGCGGGCAGGGGGGGCGCCAUGAAGCCCAUGUGGCAGGCGUACCAGGAGGCUAACCGCCUCUUCGCGGACGCCGUACUGUCGCUGUACAAGGUGGCGGGGGGCGGCGGCAGCAGCAAGGGCGGCAGCAGCAGCAGCAAUGGCACCACCCCCGCCCCCGCCCCCAGCCCCAGCAGUGACGUGGUGUGGAUCCAGGACUACCACCUGAUGCUGCUGCCGGAGCUGCUGAGGAGGGAGGUGCCGGGGAUGAAGAUCGGUUUCUUCUUGCACACGCCCUUCCCCUCCUCCGAGUUCUACCGGGCCCUACCAGUCAGGGAGCAGAUCCUGCGCGGGGUGCUGGCCGCCGACCUUGUGGGGUUCCACACGUACGACUACGCGCGCCACUUCAUCUCCGCGUGCGCGCGACUGCUGGGGCUGGAGGGGACACCGGAGGGUGUCGAGACCCAUGGGUCGCUGACCCGCGUGGGCAUCUUCCCCAUCGGCAUCGAGACCGACCGCUUCCUGCGCUCCGUCACCUCCCCGGAUGUGGAGCGGCAGAUGGCGGGGCUGAGGAACCGCUUCGGGGCCAGGAAGGUUGUGUUGGGGGUGGACCGGCUGGAUCCCAUCAAGGGCAUCCCGCACAAGCUGCUGGCCUUUGAGAAGUUCCUGGAGGAACACCCGGAGUGGAGGGACAAGGUUAUGAUGGUCCAGAUCGCCGUACCCUCCCGUACGGAUGUCCCCGAGUACCAGCACCUCAGCAGCAUGGUGCACGAGAUCGUGGGUCGGCUCAACGGGCGGUACGGCAGCCUCACGCAUGUGCCCGUACACCACCUGGACGCCUCGCUGUCGUACACGCAGCUGGUGGCGCUGUACGGCGCGGCUGACGUGGCGCUGGUGACGAGCCUGAGGGACGGAAUGAACCUGGUGAGUUACGAGUACGUGGCCUGCCAGGGUGACGGCAGCGGGCCCCGACCGCCCGGGGUGCUGGUGCUGUCGGAGUUUGCGGGGGCGGCGCAGUCCUUGGGUGCCGGUGCGCUGCUUGUGAACCCCUGGGACGUGGCUGACGUGGCGGGGGCGCUGCACGCCGCCCUCACCAUGAGCCCCGAGGAGCGGCGGGAGCGGCAUGCGACCAACUACAGCCAUGUGCUGACCCACACCGCCGCCCACUGGGCCGACACCUUCCUGUCGGAGCUCAACGACACACACAUCGAGGCGCGGCUGAGGAGCAGCGCGGCGCCGCCGCUGUUGGACCCGGAGGACGUUGUUCGGUGCUACGGUCGCAGCCGGGGCGGCAGGCGGCUGCUGGUGCUGGGGUACAGCGCACUGCUGACGGCGCGGGGGG